AUGGCCCAGGCUGAAAGCAGUGCCCGUAAAGAAGUCACAGCGUCGGUGCAGCCGGACCAGCAACAGAAAACACCUCCAGAGCUCCCGGCCUUCACAGUGAAAAACGUGGCUCUUGACAUCGUCAACGGCGCCGUGGUGCUCGUAUAUGAGCCGGCCGUGAACCGAGCCGUGGUCCCCGUGCUAGUCUUUUUGUCCUCGAUGAUCUGUAAAUUCAUCAUCAGUCACGUGCCGUAUACGGAAGUCGACUUUUCCACUUACAUGCAGCAGGUGGAGCUAGUCAAUGCAGGGGCACUCGACUACUCGCAGAUCGUGGGUGACACCGGCCCCGUGGUGUACCCGGCUGGGUUCAUCCAGGUGUACCAGACGUUGUAUUGGCUCACAGAUGGCGGUGCCAACUUGCGCAUUGCACAGCUUGCCUUUGGCUAUCUUUUCUCAGUGACGGUGAUCUUCACAUGUGCCGUGUACACGAUGGCCGGGGAUUUCCCCCCGUGGCCCCUCUAUUUGCUUCUUUGCAGCAAACGGCUAUACUCCAUAUACGUGUUGCGCAUGUUCAACGACUGCUUCACGACAAUCGGCGUGCUUGCUGUGAUCCUCAUUCUCCAGCAGGCAUCGUACUGGGCGCCGCGGCUUUCGGGCACAGUGACGUUUUGGCUUUGUGCCGUGGCCGCAGACGUGUUCAGCAUGGCCCUCAGCGUCAAGAUGAACGUUCUUCUCUAUCUCCCCGCAUUUGUGAUUGUGGUGUACUUUCUUGUCGGCGAGCGCUUGUUCCACUGCUUGGCCGUCGUGGCCGUCAUUCCCUUGGUGCAAGUGCUCAUUGGAUGGAGGUUUCUUUUGCCGUUGUUCUGGGACGACGAGGCCCGGUACUUGCGCAGAAUGUAUCUCACGCGAGCGUUCGAUUUCUCCAGAAAGUUCUUGCACACCUGGACCGUCAACUGGCGCUUUGUUCCUGAGGAUAUGUUUGUGUCCGACGAGUUUGCUCGCUACUUGUUGGUGGGCCACGUGGCGGUGUUGCUUUUGUUUGUGGCCACGCGGUUCGUGUCGCCACGGGUCACGCAGAAAUCGCUUUGGCACUUGGCCAAAGAUGGGCUCUUCCGUCCAUUCAAGAACACACGGGCGUCCGGCAAUCUUUUUAUCCAGCAGAGUUCUGGCCCGAGGUUGAUCUUGUUGACGUUUGCCGUGACAAACCUCGUGGGCAUUUUGUUCUCGCGGUCCUUGCAUUAUCAGUUUCUCUCGUGGUACCAGUGGCUGUUUCCUUUCAUGCUCCAUGCUGCAGGAUGCAAUGUUUUCACCGGGGCACUCAUUUUUGCUGCCCACGAGUGGUGCUGGAAUGUGUUCCCGUCCACCGUGGACAGCUCGAAGCUUCUUGUCGCCAUUCUCGCCGUGGUUUUGGUUGCAACAUGGUACAAUGCUGACUACUACUUGGGGGGCAAGCCGAAGGCCCUGGAGACUAAAAAGUAA